CAAUGCCCCAAUUUGGAUCUAUUCGGCCAGAACUUGCUCGGGUAGUUAUCAGCUUCCAUCAUCUUUUUUCUGUGACGAAUUCAUUGUAGCUGGACUUGUUGAUUGAGAGACCUUUUGUAAGCUGAAAAAAUGGUGGGCUGGCAACGGCAUCUUCAGUGCAUGCUUCAUCAAGCUGGGAAGAGAUGUCAACAAAGUCGAACUGUUCCUUUAAAUUCAUAUUAUCACUCAAAGUCAUCUCUAGUGCUUGGUGAGGCACCUUACUUACCAAGCUUGCGGAAUACGGUUUCAUCUGGCAUCUCAAGGCCGUUAUACCAGUAUCUACAGCAUUUGGGGCUCUCUAGUUCAAGGACCUUACUUGCAGACUCAACCACACCAAUUUCUUCCCCAUUAACACCGCUUCUAACAUCAAAUACUGGAAAUAAAGAAGCUGAGAAAGCAACUUCUAAACCUUCAACAGUUCAAGCAGUUUUGAAGGGGAUAAAACAGAGCCCAAAGAAGAUCAAUUUGGUUGCAGCAUUAGUUCGUGGGAUGCGUGUUGAAGAUGCAUUACUGCAGUUGCAAGUGACUGUAAAACGAGCUUCCAAAACUGUCUAUCAGGUUAUACAUUCAGCUCGGGCAAAUGCAACCCACAAUUAUGGAUUUGAUCCAGAUCGUCUUCUUGUUGCUGAGGCUUUUGUUGGGAAAGGACUUUUCAAAAAAAGGGUGUCCUACCAUGCUAAAGGAAAGUGUGGAAUAAAAGUGAGGCCAGAAUGUAGACUGACCAUUGUAGUUAGGGAGAUAACUCCUGAGGAGGAGGCCGAGAUAGCUAAGUUGAGAGUACACAAUUUCAAGAAGAUGACCAAACGCGAAAGGCGUCUAGUUCCUCAUAAGCUCAUUGAGACUACUCCAAUAUGGGACCGCAAAGGCAGAGCUAAGAGCAAUGGACCAGGUGCUGCUGCUGCUUGAGCACAGUUAUGUUGGUAGUUCAGCUUCACUAGAAAGCUCUAUAGUUCCAUAAAAAUCAGUUUGGGAUGAAAUAAUGUGCCUCUUGUCGGAUUUCUUUUUCAAAUGUUCUCUCUCAUACAUCCCUGGUAAUAGCAGCUUAGGUCGAGAUCUUCAGCUUAAUUUGUAGGCACCUUCCUCCCUUUAUUUUGCAUCUCAAGUGCCUCAAACUUCAUGUCCUUUUAUGGCCUUUAGGGGUCGUUCGGUUUGGACAAGUUACGCUGUGAUUAGUUAUCCUGAUAUUAUUUCUUAUUGAUUGUUUGGUAUGUUGUAUUAAUCCUGGGAUUGUCAAUUUUACUGCUUUAUCUUGGGAUAACUUA